GGACAGCUUCGGACCUGUAAACUUUACGGGCACCAUGUUCGUCAGUGAUGACUCUGGGAACGACUUUAUCGGCUUCGUGUUCGGUUAUCAGAGUAACCGGAAGUUCUAUGUCGUCAUCUGGAAACAUGAGAACGAGAACGCAGACGGUAGUGUUGGAAUUGGUGGGAUAAAGGGCCUCCAAAUAAAGAUUGUAGACUCUAGCACGGGUCCCGGUACGGCUCUAGCGACAGCGCUGUGGCAUACUCACGACACUGCUGAUCAAAUCAAUCUGCUGUGGCACGAUCCGGACAUGCGCGGUUGGGAACAUCGUACUCCAUACACGUUUCACUUGAUACAUCGGCCAUCUAUAGGGUUGAUCAGGGUGACCAUUGCCAACGACAUGGAGGUCCUGACUGACUCCGGAAACGUGUACGACACCACCAUCCUGGGGGGUCGGCUGGGGGUGUUCCAGUACAACCAGACAGGAGUCAUCUGGUCCAACCUGCGAUACACCUGUGGAGACAGGUGA